CUGUAAUAAAGCGGUUGGUUAAAGCAGGGAAUGGGAUGGUGCAACAAGUCUCUGGUAACUGGGAGGGGGGCUCGAGCUUCAUGUGUUUUGUGCUUGUUUUCUGACAGGCAGGUUCCUCGAUCGCUGGGUGUCUGAAGUCAAGGGCUGCUGCAGAAACUCCUGACUCCAGUCCAAGCUGCUGAUCUGUGUGUUGUGGCAUCCUCAGGCCCUGGUUGUCCUGCCUGCCUUCUGGGAUGUGAUGGGAAGUGCCAGCCUUUCACAUGAAAUGCCGGUGUCUCCUGCUGACGUGACAGCUGAUGCUGGGCCUGAUUUAUGGGGCGCCGAGCCGGGGCAGGGAGCCAGUUCUCCUGGAAAGAUCACGGGGAACCGGAGAAGAAGGAGCUCGGCCACCGAGUCCUGCCCGAAGGCGCCUCCCGCCGGCCCCGUCCCGGGCAUCGCUGCCCGGUGCCUCCCCCAGGAUUUCCACCCCGGCUUUAAACAACAGCCUCCAGACACCAUCAGUGAAAUCCCCGCGCGGGCGUUAACCGACCCAGUGGAGUAUGUCCCAAAUCCUGCUCCUGAUCUCCCUUCGCUGCUACUAAAGGGGAGCGACCCCCCCGCCCGCCUUUCGCCCAGCACCAUGGUGGGGCAGAGCCCUCUGGACCCCAGUGAGAGCAGGACUGCUGUCCUCCUGGAGCCCUUCGUCCAUCAGGUGGGCGGCCACAUGAGCAUGAUGAAGUACGACGAGCACACGGUCUGCAAGCCCCUGGUCUCGCAGGAGCUGAGCUUCUACGAGUCGCUGCCCUUGGCCAUGAGGCAGUUCACGCCCCAGUACAAAGGCAUCGUUUCUGUGCACCUCAAAAAGGACAGCCUUGGCAACUUGACCCUGAUCGCCAGCCCCAGCCUGCAGGCGGAGAGCUGUGGCCGGCUGGAUAACGCCAUCGGGGACUCCUCGGUGACCAUAUGGCACAAAUGCAAGUGGGCUGCCAGCACCGGCACCAGCAGCGAGCACACACUCGUCAAGUGGAGUCACACACAGCUCACCAAGACCUUCAAAGACAGCUGCCCAGGGAAGAUGCUAUUGAGGACAGACCUUCAGUACGGCACAGAUUCACUUUUGGAAGAUGCAAACAGAAACCAGCCAGAAAGAAACAGCUACAACCCCUGGGGACUGCACUGUCACAGGCAGCACCUGAACCGCAUGUCCUCCAAACAUAAUGAGAACAAACUUCAUCAGUUUCUACUGCUUGAAAACGUGGUAUCAAAAUACAAGUAUCCCUGCAUCCUGGACCUAAAGAUGGGGACCCGGCAGCACGGCGACGAUGCCUCGGAGGAGAAGAAAGCCCGGCACAUCAAGAAGUGUGAACAAAGCACCUCUGCGUCCCUGGGCGUUCGCAUCUGUGGGAUGCAGGUUUACCAAGCGGACACUGGCCAUUUUCUCUGCAAAGAUAAGUAUUACGGCAGGAAACUCUCCCCGGAGGGAUUCAGGCAAACCCUGCGGCAGUUCCUGUGCAACGGGAACCACCUCCGGACGGAUCUCCUGGAGCCCAUCAUCCUGCGCCUGAAAGCGCUGCUCUCUGUCAUUAGGAAGCAAAGCUCCUACAGGUUCUACUCCAGCUCUCUUCUCAUCAUUUACGAUGGACAGGAGCCCAAGGAGAACUCGGCACCCUUGGAUAACCACCUUCACUUCCCAAAAACGAACUGCACCACGUCACAGAGCCCCAGAGUCGACGUCCGCAUGAUAGACUUUGCCCACACCACCUUCAAAGGCUCCAAGUGCAAUCACACCACGUAUGACGGGCCAGACCACGGCUAUAUUUUUGGCCUGGAGAAUCUCAUCAAAAUCCUUCAGAGUAUCUCAGAAGGAAAAUGACAGAUUCUGUGAAAUAGCCUGGAUUUACUAGUGACCGAUAGCCCUGAGAAGGACCGCGCCGGGUCACUUGCAGGGGACCCUCCCAGCUGCUGGAUGUCACGUGCAUGGGACAUCAUUGCUAGAAAAAAUAAAAGAUACAAAACUCGCUACGUGCCAUUACCCAACUCAAGCGUUAAAAAGCAAAGAGCCAAAAGAAUCCGUUCUGCCUGCAAUCCAUCAGGAGAUUUAUCUUCCUUUCUCGUCUUACUGCUGUCCUUGAUUUAUUUGCGAGCCACACGAGAGCAUUACCUGAAAAAGUCUUAAUGAUAAAGCUCACUUCCCCGCUCAGGAAGCGAAGUGGGGUAAGGAGAUAGUGGGUGUUUGAGCCAGACUAUUAAAGCCAGACGGUGGGUGUUGGACAGAUUGCGGCGUGGCUUUGGGCUCCUGCUCCCGCUACGGGCUGAGGGCAGAGAGAGGGACACAAAGGGGGGAGAAAAACCCACCCCCCGCCCCGACAUCCAGGCUCCCCCCACCCUGGGGUGUUCUCCGAGGCACACACACACACGGAGGGACGAGAUGCUGCCAGAGGUUCUGCGCUGCUUGAAGGAAUCAAAGCAGGGGGACCCCAGACCAAGAACUCGACCCCGCAAAGGUUUAACGUCCCUGCGGGGGAUUGAAACAGUUCCACAGACUUUCUAAGCCACGGGCUCCGUAGGGGCUGGACGUAAGGGAACGCGAUGAUUCUGUCACCAAAAAACAAACAUUCACAUCAAGGGAUUUUUGCUUAAAAAAGAAAGAAAAAGCAGUUAAAAAAAAAAAAAAAGUGUGAGAUUGAGUCAGGGACUAGACACCAAAGGUCACCUAGAAAUUCUUUGAUACAAAUAUUGUGCGUGUGUUUGGAAGAGACAAUAACAAAAGACUCCAGAUUUUUGUUUACAGCUUUUGUGGACAGAUUUUAUUCUUACGGAACAAACAUGAUUCCUUCCUGCGUGGGGUGGGAAAUGCGUGAGAGAAAUCCUUUUACACAAGGAUCAGAGCUACAGAACCCCAUUACUGGCGAAUGGGGAUAAAAAUAAAAUUGUCUAAGCAACUCUCA